GCGUAAAAGGCUUGGAGGCGCGAAGAGAAGAACUCAAAUUUUAAUGUCCAUGAACUGUUUAGUAGAGAAACGUGGGGUGCAAAUAACAUUCACGAAGAAAAAUUUGGCUUUGUCACGUUUUGGACCGAUUUCAUAACCCUUUUGAGAAAACUUGAAUGACUCGCAAAUUCAGAUUCAAUUUCACGAACAACGAUUGAUUCGCUUACGUAAUAGAAAAUCUAUUCCCACAAAUAGAUUGUGAUUUUCUCCUUCAAAGUAUAAGUCUUUGAUCCAAUUUAUCACUUUUUUGCAGCUUGUAUUGACCCUCUCCUGAGGGUCCCGGUAAUCCAGGGUUUGGCCGAGCUAAGUAAAGUCUGGCCAAGAAUCGUUCUUGCCAGGAAUCGAACUCGGGUUACAUAGAUAUGGUUACAAAAGAUUUGGAUAGUAAAGCAUGGAAAUGGGGUUUGGGUUUGAUAUAUAUAAUUGCUGUUGCUAUAAUAUGGAUAGCUGCUAGCUUUGUAGUUCAAUCUGUUGUAGAUGCUGGUGUGUCACCAUUCCUUGUUACUUACAUAUGCAAUUCAUUGUUUGUGGUGUUGAUUCCAAUUGUUGAAAUUGGGAGGUAUUUAGAGAAUUCUUAUGGAGGUUUAUGGUUUUGGAAGAGUGUUAAGAGUAAACCACAUUUAGAAGGAAGGUUAGGGGAGUCGGAGCAGGCUAAUCUUCUUAGAGAUAACGAUGCAAGUGGUGAAGUUGUCGAAUCAGUUGUUAUUCAAGAGGUAGAUGUUAUUGAAGAUAGGAACAAUGGUUCUGAAUUGCUUCCUUCGGAUGAUGUAGUUGAAGGAUUGGUUGGUCAAGUUGGUUUGAUUGAAAAUGUUGAUCAAAGUGGGUUGGAUGAGAAAGGACGUUGGACACGUUGUAGAGUUGCCAAAGUUAGUCUAUUGAUAUGCCCGUUUUGGUUUUUCGCUCAACUCACAUUUAACCUGUCGUUGAAGUAUACUACAGUUACAUCAAAUACAAUCUUAAGCAGCGCAUCAAGUCUUUUUACCUUCUUGGUUUCCCUAGCAUUUUUGGGGGAGAGGUUUACUUGGUUAAAGCUCUUUAGCGUUCUUCUUUGCAUGGGAGGAACAAUAAUUGUAAGUCUUGGUGAUUCAAAAUCUGGUUUAAAAACAGUUGCAUCAAAUCCUCUUCUUGGAGAUAUUUUUGCACUUUCUUCAGCAGGAUUGUAUGCAGUUUAUAUCACCCUUAUUCGCAAAAAGUUAAAUGACGAUGACGGGAAGAAUGGUGAAGUCAGUAUGGCUCAGUUUCUUGGAUUUCUUGGUCUUUUCAAUGUUUUACUUUUUCUUCCGGUUGCCGUUAUACUCAAUUUCACCAAGACUGAACCUUUUUAUAUGCUUACCUGGAAGCAGCUUGGUCUGAUUAUUGGCAAAGGAUUGCUGGACAAUGUGCUGAGUGAUUACUUAUGGGCCAAGGCAGUUCUUCUUACAUCAACCACAGUAGCUACAGCUGGACUCACAAUUCAAGUUCCAUUGGCUGCCAUUGUCGAUACCAUCACCGGACAUUCUCCUCCCUUCAUGGAUUACCUUGGAGCAAUAGCCGUAAUGAUCGGCUUUGCGGGAAUCAACAUUCCCGCCGAUACUUUUAGCAAAUCAACAGAAGCUACAGCUGUGGAAUUGAAAAUUGAGGAUGCAAGUAUAAGGGAUGAAGAGCAUGCUUUGCCAAGAACACAAGAUUCAGCUUCUGUACCAUAGUAUGUACAUUGCAUUACUUUUAGUUAUUAGUUUCAAGUGUAAUAUAUUUUUUUGGUACCACCAAAUUUGUUGCAAUAACUAAAAUGUAGAGGAAAUAGUAUAAAAGAAGUAUACACAUUUUAAUUUGAGACUAGGGUUUUCUCAAUACACAUUUUCACGACUAGUACUAUUGAGUUUGAGGCGUGAAUAAUGUGGUGAGUGAUCGGCAUGCUUUGUAUUUCUAGUACUAAAAGAAAUAAGAGACGGAGUCGUGUGGUGAUUACAUGGUGAA